AUGGUUGUUGCGAUCGGAUUCGAGGGUAGCGCUAACAAACUAGGCGUCGGGAUCGUGAGUGACGGCGUGGUUCUCUCCAACGUCAGGCACACGUACCAUGCUCCGGCGGGACAGGGCUUUCUGCCGCGAGACACGGCCGCACACCACAGAAAACACGUACUGGACGUCCUCAGGCGGGCUCUGGACGAAGCCAGAGUGACUCCAGCCGACAUUGACUGCGUAUGCUUCACCAAGGGACCCGGGAUGGGCGCUCCACUGGUCUCGGUGGCCGUGGUUGCAAGAACGGUGGCCCAGCUCUGGCGGAAACCCCUGGUGGCCGUGAACCAUUGCGUCGGGCACAUAGAGAUGGGUCGCCUCGUCACUGGCGCCAGGAGCCCCACAGUCCUCUACGUGAGCGGUGGAAACACUCAAGUCAUCGCUUACUCCCAGCAAAAAUACCGCAUCUUCGGCGAGACCAUAGAUAUAGCUGUGGGAAACUGUCUCGACAGAUUUGCUAGAGUCCUAAAACUAUCAAACGACCCUAGCCCCGGAUACAACAUAGAGCAGCUCGCGAAACAGGGCACUAAGUACGUGGAGCUGCCGUAUGUCGUGAAGGGGAUGGACGUGUCUUUCUCGGGGAUUCUAUCACAUAUUGAGUCACAGGGGAGGGAAAAGCUGGAGCGGGGAGAGUGCACGGCUGCUGAUCUGUGCUACUCCCUGCAAGAGACGGUGUUUGCCAUGUUGGUAGAGAUCACGGAGAGAGCUAUGGCACAUUGUGGGUCGCAGGAGGUGCUGAUUGUCGGGGGUGUCGGCUGCAACGUCCGUCUGCAGGAGAUGAUGGCUACGAUGGCCGAGGAGAGAGGAGGGAAGGUGUUUGCCACAGACGAGCGCUACUGUAUAGACAAUGGUGCCAUGAUAGCCCAGGCAGGCUGGGAGAUGUUCCGCAGUGGACAGGUGGCACGACUCGAGGACACCUGGAUCACCCAGCGAUACAGAACCGACGAGGUCGAAGUCACGUGGAGAACCGAUUGA